AUGAUUUCCAGUUUUCAGUUUAGGUCCUAUCGUGAUGUAUUAGCAUUUGUUUUUGCAAUAGAAGAAAUCAAUCAAAGUUCACGAGUCUUACCAAAUGUGACGUUAGGGUACAAGGUAUAUGAUUCCUGCAGUUCAGAGGCUCGAGCACUGGAGGGCAACAUUUGGCUAUUAACAGGAAAAGCUGAGUCAGUUCCAAAUUUCAGCUGCUAUCAAGGUCCAUCUGUUAUGGGUAUUGUUGGGGACUCUCCUUCAAGAAUUUCUGUGGCCAUGUCAAGAAUUCUAGGUCUAUACCUGUUUCCCCAGGUUCUUGACUACUUGAAGAGAGUGUCUUUUAAGACCAGCCUUGGUGAAGAGAUAUUUUUUGAUAAGAAUGGUGAUCCACCAGCAAUGUUUGAUAUUGUAAACUGGACAAUAUACCCUGAUGGUAACAGCAAAUCAAUCACAAUAGGAAAUUUUAACAGCCAAGCUCGUACAGGAGAAGAGAUUGCUAUCAAUGCCAGCUCUGUCACAUGGCACCCAAGAUAUUCUAAGGUGCCACUUUCUGUAUGCACUGAGAGCUGCCCUGUUGGAUACAGAAAAGCUACCAAAGAAGGAAAGGCAAUAUGUUGCUUUGACUGCAUUCCUUGCUCGAAGGGGGAAAUUGCAAAUGAAUCUGAUACAACUGAUUGUCUGAAAUGUCCUAAAGAUCAAUGGUCAACUGGAAGUAGAGAUCUCUGCAUCCCGAAAACAAUUGAAUUCUUAUCCUUUGUCGAGCCUCUUGGAGCAGCCCUGGCAACAAUGUCAGUUACCCUUUCAUUCAUUACAGCUUCCAUCCUCUGUAUAUUCAUUUAUUUCUCCGACACACCAAUAGUCAAAGCCAACAACCGUGGACUAAGCUACCUUCUUCUGAGUUCCAUCAUUAUAUGUUUCUUAUGUGCCCUCAUAUUCAUUGGUAAACCUGAAAAAGAAAGUUGCAUGUUUCGUCAAGUGGCAUUUGGCAUUAUGUUCUCACUGUCAGUGUCCUGCCUACUGGCAAAAACUACUGUUGUAGUAAUUGCAUUUAACGCGUCAAAACCAAACGGCAGUCUACAGAACUGGGUAGGAUCUCGGUUCCCCUACUUCAUUGUCCUCUUUUGCUCAGCAGUGCAGCUGAUUCUAUGCAUUUUCUGGUUGGGUACCUCAACUCCAUUUGUAGAAUAUAACAUGGAAUCUGAAGAUGGAAAAAUCUUAAUACAAUGUAAUGAAGGCUCACUUUCUAUAUUUUAUUGCAUGCUGGGGUACUUGGGCUUUCUGGUCAUUGUUUGUUUUGUAGCUGCUUUCUUAGCAAGGCAGUUGCCAGACAGCUUUAAUGAAGCAAAAUUUAUCACUUUUAGUAUGCUUGUCUUUGUUAGUGUGUGGCUUUCAUUUAUUCCAGCAUACUUGAGUACAAAAGUGAAGUAUAUGGUUGCAGUAGAGGUUUUUGCAAUUUUGGCAUCUGGUGCAGGAUUGCUUAUCUGCAUAUUUAUUCCUAAAUGCUAUAUUAUUCUUCUGAGACCUCAACUAAAUACAAAAGAGCAUUUAAUGGGGAAAGCAGGUUCUAACAAUAAAAAAAAUAAUAAAGGUCAGUGUACUGUCAUUAAUGCAAGCAAGCUAUACCAUGAAAUCUGA